CAACUCAAAGUUCAAAAAAAAAUAUCACCUCACAAGUUAAAUUAUAUUGCAUUGCAUUGCUUUAAAACAUAUACACAUAUUGCAGUUAUAGUUUGGAGUUUGAUAUGGCAAACUCAAAGGUCAUAGCUAUUGCAUUUUUGGUGUUGAUAGUUGUGGACCUUUCACUAGCUGCUAGACCUUCUAAGAAGAUUGGUGGUGGUGGUGGUAGUCAUGGAGGAGGUGGUGGUGGACAUGGAGAAGGAGGAGGUGGUGGUGGUACUGGUGUUGGAGAAGCAGCUGGCCGGGGUUCCGGUUCGGGUUAUGGGUCAGGGAGUGGUUCUGGAUAUGGAAAGGGUGGUGGAGGCAAGGGAGGAGGUGGUGGUGGUGGGGGAGGAGGAGGUGGUGGUGGUGGUGGUGGAGGGUCAGGGAAUGGUAGUGGGUCCGGUUCGGGCUACGGGUCCGGAAGUGGUUCCGGAUAUGGUUCGGGUGGUGGUAAAGGAGGAGGUGGUGGUGGCGGUAGCGGUGGAGGUGGCGGAGGUGGUGGUGGUAAUGGUAAUGGGAAUGGCUCGGGAAGUGGGUCCGGGUAUGGGAGUGGUAGUGGGUCCGGAUACGGAAGUGGUAAUGGGAAAGGUGGCGGUGGUGGUGGUGGCGGCGGUGGAGGAGGUGGUGGAGGCGGAGGAGGGCGUAACGGGCAAGGUUCAGGAUACGGGAGCGGGUCUGGAUACGGGUCAGGUUACGGGUCCGGAUACGGUGAUGGUGAUGGUGGCAAUGGACCAUAAACUAUUUUUUCCACAAUAACUAUCUCAUUAUUCACAUAUUAUUGACAAUAAUCUAUGGCAUUAGUAAACCGUACAAUAAAUCACAUCAUAUUCAGUUGUAAGAGAAUUUGCAUGUACUCAUUUUGUUUUUUGUUUUUUUCCUUCUGUUACAUGCUUCUAAGGAUAUGAACAUGAAUAUUCAAAUUUACAAUAACUGUAGAAGUUACAUGCCUAUUAGAUGUUUCAUUUAUGAAAUCACAUCUUUCAUAAA